AGUCUUUUCCUCUCUAGUUCUGUUUCGCUAUUUUUUUCAUUUUUACUUUUCUUCUUCCCGAACGAGAGGAGGAGGAGAAGAAGAACUAGGAAGAGGAAAGAGAUCUGGCUUGGAAAUGAGCGGACACGAUUCGAAGUACUUCUCCACCACGAAGAAGGGAGAAAUCCCUGAACUCAAAGAGGAGCUCAAUUCUCAGUACAAGGAUAAGAGAAAAGAUGCUGUGAAGAAGGUUAUUGCUGCAAUGACUGUUGGGAAGGAUGUUUCGUCUCUUUUCACGGAUGUAGUGAAUUGCAUGCAAACAGAAAAUUUGGAGCUGAAAAAGCUUGUUUAUUUAUAUCUUAUAAAUUAUGCUAAAAGCCAGCCAGACCUUGCAAUUCUUGCAGUCAAUACAUUUGUGAAGGAUUCUCAGGACCCAAAUCCACUGAUUCGUGCUUUAGCUGUUCGGACAAUGGGGUGCAUUCGUGUUGAUAAGAUAACAGAAUACCUAUGUGAUCCCCUUCAGAGGUGUCUUAAGGAUGAUGAUCCAUAUGUUAGAAAGACAGCUGCCAUAUGUGUUGCCAAACUUUAUGACAUAAAUGCUGAGUUAGUCGAGGAUAGGGGCUUUUUGGAAUCUCUCAAGGAUUUGAUUUCUGAUAACAAUCCCAUGGUUGUAGCGAAUGCUGUGGCAGCUCUUGCAGAGAUUCAAGAGAAUAGCAGCAGACCGAUAUUUGAGAUCACUAGUCACACACUUUCAAAGCUGCUUACUGCCCUCAAUGAAUGUACAGAGUGGGGUCAAGUUUUUAUACUUGAUGCACUUUCCAGAUAUAAGGCUGCUGAUGCUCGCGAAGCUGAAAAUAUAGUAGAGAGAGUUACACCACGGCUGCAACAUGCUAAUUGUGCUGUUGUACUAUCAGCUGUCAAGAUGAUUCUUCAACAAAUGGAACUUAUCACUAGUACUGAUGUAGUGCGAAAUCUUUGCAAGAAGAUGGCUCCCCCUCUGGUCACACUACUUUCUGCAGAACCUGAGAUACAAUAUGUCGCAUUACGUAAUAUCAACCUAAUAGUACAAAGACGGCCUACGAUCCUAGCCCAUGAAAUAAAGGUGUUUUUCUGCAAGUACAAUGACCCAAUUUAUGUGAAGAUGGAAAAGUUGGAAAUAAUGAUAAAGCUUGCUUCUGACCGAAACAUAGAUCAGGUUCUAUUGGAGUUCAAGGAGUAUGCUACAGAAGUAGAUGUGGAUUUUGUCAGAAAGGCUGUCCGUGCCAUAGGCCGUUGUGCUAUUAAGUUAGAGAGAGCAGCUGAACGGUGUAUCAGUGUUCUGCUUGAGUUGAUCAAGAUCAAAGUCAACUAUGUUGUCCAAGAGGCUAUUAUAUCCAUUAUUGCAACACUCUGUGAGAGCUUAGAUACACUAGAUGAACCAGAAGCAAAGGCAUCAAUGAUAUGGAUAAUUGGUGAAUAUGCGGAAAGAAUUGACAAUGCUGAUGAGCUCCUUGAAAGCUUUUUGGAAAGUUUCCCCGAAGAGCCCCCCCAAGUUCAGCUGCAACUGUUAACUGCCACUGUAAAGCUCUUUCUUAAGAAACCAACUGAAGGUCCACAGCAGAUGAUUCAGGUUGUUUUGAAUAAUGCCACUGUGGAGACAGAUAAUCCUGAUUUGCGGGAUCGUGCAUACAUAUACUGGCGUCUUCUUUCAACUGAUCCUGAGGCAGCCAAGGAUGUUGUCUUAGCUGAGAAGCCAGUGAUCAGCGAUGAUUCAAACCAACUUGACCCAUCUCUUCUUGAUGAGCUUCUUGCCAACAUUGCAACUUUGUCCUCUGUGUAUCACAAACCACCAGAUGCUUUUGUAACUCGUGUGAAGACCAUAACUCAGAAAACUGAGGAUGAUGACUAUCCUGAUGGAAGUGAACCAGGGUAUUCUGAUUCACCUGCUCACUCUGCUCAACCUGUUGAUGGUGGUGCAUCACCAGUCACUUCAAGCAGCAUCCCACAUGCAGCAGGAAUGCAGCCAGCAGCGGCUUCUCCUUCUUCUGCACCUGCACCUCCUGUGCCUGAUCUACUAGGUGAUCUGAUAGGCCUUGAUAAUAGUUCUAUUGUCCCAGUUGAUCAGCCCUCAACUCCUUCCGGGCCUCCUUUGCCCGUUUUACUACCAGCAGCAACCGGACAGGGUUUGCAAAUCAGUGCACAGUUGACACAGCGUGAUGGUCAAAUAUUUUACAGUUUACUAUUUGAGAACAACUCCCAGUUGACACUUGAUGGGUUCAUGAUUCAGUUCAACAAGAAUACAUUUGGCCUGGCAGCUGCUGGACCUCUUCAGGUUCCACCAUUGGCACCUGGGGCAUCAGCAAGUACCCUACUGCCAAUGGUGCUAUUUCAGAAUAUUUCUGCUGGCCCCCCUAACUCACUUCUGCAAGUUGCCGUGAAAAAUAAUCAGCAGCCAGUGUGGUACUUCAAUGAUAAAAUCUUGUUGCACGUGUUUUUCACCGAGGAUGGAAAAAUGGAACGGGCAAAUUUUCUGGAGACCUGGAGGUCACUGCCCGAUUCAAAUGAGAUCCUGAAGGAGUUCCCAGAUAUUGCGGUGAGCAGUGCUGAUGCAACUUUGGACCGGCUAGCUUUAUCAAACAUGUUCUUUAUAGCAAAGCGCAAGAAUGCAAACCAGGAUGUUUUCUACUUCUCCGCAAGGAUCCCUCAAGGUAUACCCAUUUUGAUUGAACUCACAACAGUUAUUGGAAAUCCAGGAGUCAAGUGUGCUAUUAAGACCCCAAACCCUGAGAUGGCACCGCUAUUCUUUGAGGCCAUUGAGACUCUCCUGAAAGCUUGAGCUGGUGGACUUGAUUCUUUUUCCUGCGUUUAGAUAUAAAAUAAAUUGUCAUUGUAUGUAUAAUCUGUCUCAGUUACUAAGGUUUUUGGCUUGAAAUUCUUGCUAAUCUUGUCACCGCUGUCUCUUCUAUUCUGGCAACGAAACAGUUGAAAAUGCUUGCACUUAGAAUCUGCGACUUGUAUUGCUUCAAACUUUGUACUCCAUUUGUUUUUCUUUUUAUCCUAAAGGGAAUGCUGUUUUUAGUCCUCCAAAGUGGGAAAAGAAAAAAAAUCAUUAUUG